AUGAUCCCAAUAUCCUACCCAUCACCAAGGGUAUCGCAAUUAGAUGCUGGUAUCUUGGAUGGUGAAUUAUUUACUUUGUUAAAAGAACAACUUUCAUCCAUUUUCCAGCUUCACCCAAACAGCAAAUUUUCUUUCAUUCAGCACCCUGAAUUAUACUCGUUAGCAUUAAAUUUAUUGAUAUUCAAACUUACUGUAUGGAAAUCAGGAUCAUCGUAUGGAUCAUUGUUACAGAAUUUGAAGUUGUCUGAUUCAAGAACUGGUAAAGUUAUUGACAAAUCGAAGAGAUAUUUAUUAGGUGCAUUAUUAAUCGGUGGCUAUUUGUAUAAGCGAUUUGAAGCAUACUUGUAUUCCCUUGAUGACUCAGAAACUAACAAUACAGAUUCAUUUUUGGGAAGAAUAAGAAAUUAUUUUAUCUCCAAUAGACUUGAGAUACUUUCAAAAAUUGAUAAUUUAGUGAAAGUUGCCAAUUUGGUUAACUUUACUAUUUUUCUUAUCAAUGGUAAAUAUUCUUCAGUAAUUUACAGGCUAUUAAGAAUAUCGGAAACUCCAAUAACAUCGGAUAUAUCCAGAUUUGACGGAAGUACAGUGAAUUAUGAGUUCCAAAAUCGUCAAUUAGUAUGGAAUGUUAUGACAGAAUUUCUUGUGUUUAUCUUACCAUUAUUGCAAUUGAGAAAGUUAAGAAAAAUGGCGGGAAAGCUAUUUGGAAAAUCCAAAAACUCAUUGGAAGUUCAAUCAGGAAAUGGACCAUUUGUUACGGCCUAUACAAAUUUGCCGGUUUCAGAAUGUGCAAUUUGUCACGAUAACAACAAUCAAGCAGCAGCAACUGGUGGUCGAAUUUUCCCUUCAUCGGGACCUGUCACUAAUCCAUACAUUAGCAAUUGUGGUCAUGUCUAUUGUUAUGUAUGUAUUGCCACUCGUUUCAAUAUGAUUCGAAUGAAUAACGAAGAUUUACCUUGUCUUCGUUGUGGUCAAAGAUUGGAAUGGUUUGAAGAAUUUGGGGCUAAUGAAAAGGCAGUAGAUUUGGAUGCAAUAAUAAUUGAACCAGAAGUUGAGGAAGAAAGCGAUCCGGAAUUGGAUAAUGAAGAUGAUGAAUCUGCUAGUAUUGCUAGCGAGAAAGAUAUUGAACCUUAUGAACCAGUACAAAGUGGCACACAGAUUCAAAGACACUUAAGUGAAAGAUCAGCGAUAUUUGAUGAAGAUAGUCCCGAUGAAUUCAGUGAGGAUGAGUAUAGUGAAGAAGAGGAUUUCGAUGCAGAUGAAGUUAUGUAA